GACGGAUAUAAAGUUGUCGGCCUUGUCCACAAGGUGGAUCAAAACUGCAGGUGUCGCUACAGCCAGCCUCAGGCCAAACAAGCUUAACCACAACUCUCCUUGAACUGACGCAGCUUCAAGCCCCUCACAUCUCCAAAUUCAUACACCUUUCCCCAUAUUCACAAACGCAAAUUGUUCAAUAUGCCCGUAAGUCAAAAUACUAAAUCCGUCAUCCAAUUCUUUCUAUCAAAACAUAAUCUCGAGAUGGGCGUCCCAAAAUCACUGUAACCUCCAAACACCUCACAUAUUCUACCUUGGAUAUAGCUAACAAACCACCUCAAUCUAGGCUUACAACAGCAUAUUCAACGAAGACUCCUCCACCGCCCUUCACCUAAUUGGCAACUUUCCUAUCCUUCCCCUGCGCACAAAGGUGCGCGGACCUGCCUACACACUCCCUCUCGAUCCAUCUCUUGCCGCCCAUCUAUCCCCAGAACCAGAUUCCGAGUCCUACGAUGCUUUAGACGAAGUACUCUCUCUCUUUCGCGCCAAUACAUUUUUCCGUAAUUUUGAGAUUCAAGGACCUCCAGAUCGUCUCUUGAUUUAUGGGAUUUUGUGGGUGAGCGAGUGUCUCGGAAAGGUGAAGCCUUCGAUGUCGGUGAGGGAGGCACAGAAGGAGGUCCAGAAUAUUGCGCUGGAUACCAAUUUUGCGAUACCGGGAGACGCGGGAUUUCCUUUGAAUCAGGUUGGUUUUACUAUCUCUCUACGUCAUCUCUUACCCUUAUCCUCUGUAUUUGAGAUUGCAAUUUAGGAGAUGGGAAUGGAGUUAUUAGAAAGGGAAGCUAACAAUACUUCAAAAUAGAUGUUCGAAGCACCUGCAAAUCGACAAGAAGCCGAGACCCUCCGACAAUAUUUAGGACAAGUCCGUCAGGAAUUGGCGAGUAGAUUGUUAGCACGCAUUUAUGAUACCGAGGAUGGGAAGCCAAGUAAAUGGUGGCUAAGCUUUACGAAGAGGAAGUUUAUGGGUAAGAGUUUGUGAGGGGAUCCUAGGAUGCAUGAUGUGUGAGACGGAUGAGAUACGACUUUUAGGCCGCUUGAAAAUAGGGGUGGGUGGAUGUUGACGCUGGGAGUAUGCAUUUGUUAAGGGAGUUGGCGGUGUUAUUACGGGUGAAAUAAAGAUACAGUUGAGGUUACAAGAUGGAGGUGGAGGACAGAGAGAAGAAAAAAGGCAUCGCUCCUAAGAGAUGAGGAUAAGCAGACGAAGCUCAUUAAUCUUCUAGAUCAUUUUACCGAUUACAACAUCGCUUCUAUACUUCACCUAGACACAUGUAGAUAAUGCAUCAAAUUGCGAUA